UGAGUUUCAGAGGGUGUGUCAGGAUCAGGUCUCUUCUGGGGGACUGGUGAUCCUGAUAGCUUAAGUUUUGAGUCAGCUGGACUGCAUGAAUCUGGCUUUUCUUCCCUGCAUAGAAUGUGAAGACUGUGUCUGAGACCCCUGCAGUGCCACCAGUUUCAGAAGAUGAAGAUGAUGAUGAUGAUGCUACCCCACCUCCAGUGAUUGCUCCACGCCCAGAGCACACAAAAUCUGUACGCACACGGUCCGUGAUUGAACCACUCCCUAUUACUCCAACUCGGGACGUGGCUACAUCUCCCAUUUCACCUACUGAGAACACCACUCCAUCAGAUGCUUUGACCCGGAAUACUGAGAAGCAAAAGAAGAAGCCCAAAAUGUCUGAUGAGGAGAUCUUGGAGAAAUUACGGAGCAUAGUGAGUGUGGGUGAUCCUAAGAAGAAAUAUACACGAUUUGAGAAGAUUGGACAAGGUGCUUCAGGCACUGUGUACACUGCAAUGGAUGUAGCCACAGGACAGGAGGUGGCCAUUAAGCAGAUGAAUCUUCAGCAGCAGCCAAAGAAAGAGUUGAUUAUUAAUGAGAUCCUGGUCAUGAGGGAAAACAAGAACCCAAAUAUUGUGAACUACCUGGACAGUUACCUGGUGGGAGAUGAGCUGUGGGUUGUCAUGGAAUACUUGGCUGGAGGCUCCCUGACAGACGUGGUGACGGAAACCUGCAUGGAUGAAGGCCAGAUUGCAGCUGUGUGUCGUGAGUGUCUGCAGGCUCUGGAGUUUCUGCAUUCAAACCAGGUCAUUCACAGAGACAUCAAGAGUGACAAUAUUCUGUUGGGAAUGGAUGGCUCUGUCAAGCUAACUGAUUUUGGAUUCUGCGCACAGAUAACCCCAGAGCAGAGCAAACGAAGCACCAUGGUGGGAACCCCAUACUGGAUGGCACCAGAGGUUGUGACACGGAAGGCCUAUGGGCCCAAGGUUGACAUCUGGUCCCUGGGCAUCAUGGCUAUUGAAAUGAUUGAAGGAGAGCCCCCAUACCUCAAUGAAAACCCUCUGAGAGCCUUGUACCUCAUUGCCACCAAUGGGACCCCAGAGCUUCAGAACCCAGAGAAGCUGUCUGCUAUCUUCCGAGAUUUUCUGAACCGUUGUCUUGAGAUGGAUGUGGAGAAGAGAGGUUCAGCUAAAGAGCUGCUGCAGCAUCAGUUCCUGAAGAUUGCCAAGCCUCUGUCCAGCCUCACUCCACUGAUUGCUGCAGCAAAGGAGGCAACCAAGAACAAUCACUAAAACCACACUCACCCCAGCCUCAUUGUGUCAAGCCUUCUGUGAAAUAAAUGUUCAUUUCAGAAAUUCCAACCCCUGAUGCCCUCUUCUCCUUGCCUUGCUUCUCCCAUUUCCUGAGCUAAUGCUCUCAAAACUGAUUCUUGGAAACCAUGUGUCCGGCAUUGACGAGAACUGCAACUGGAUGACUAAUCAGAUGAUGGCUAUUUCUAAAUAAGGAAUUUCCUUCCAGUUUGUGGAUGUGAGAGUGGUUUAUAGUCAAAGGUUUAUAUGAAUAAACCCUUGGACUUCUAUUUUUACAUAGGAAAACUUCCACCCACUCCCACCACCCUAUUCCCCACAAUCAGUUCUUGACUAUAUAAGUUCACGGUUUGGUAACAUUAUCAAUUUGUAAUUGGUCUGAGAUUUCUUUAAUGCUUGCUUUUCUGUGAUUGAACUGCCCAAACAGCAUAUUGUACUUGAAAACUGGAACAGCUUGGGAAUGCCGUGGGGUUUGUUAAUACUCCAGGGACAUAGAGUCUCAAUUUCCUGGACCACGACUUUGGCACAGCUGAUCCUGAUAUGGGAGAACUACCACAUUUUUCUUUGUGUGUGCUUCUAGCAACUGAUUGGGACGGCCUUGACCCGAUAGUAUUCCCAUGCUAUUUCUUGUGAAACGGUCUUGGUUAUGUAGCAGCUUUUGAUUCCCUGCAUCCCCUAGGCUGCUGCCCCCAUUCUGUCCUUGUUUAUAGCAUUGAAAGGUUUCCUAGGGCACAUGCCGAGUGAGAGCAGUGUGAGAAGUCAGGGGGAAUAAUGUUGCCACUUUUAGAGCGGGGCUGGGCAUCAGCUCCUGUCUAGUUACACUUGUGUUAUGUUUCAAGAACUCAGCCUGUUUUUCCACCUGGGAUAAGACACUGAAAGAUUAACUCAGAUCUUCAUAUGGCCUGAAUCUCUGGGUCCAAGGAAAGAGUCUCCAAAUCAGAGACUACAUGUUAGUUUUGGAUGGAUUUGGUGGCUUGAAAUGAAACCCUGCCAGCUGUCAGUCAGGGGACCCUGUUUUUAAGAUGCAUGGCCAAGCUAUCUGCAUAUUAAAAUGCUUACACUGGGUAUUGGGGAUGUUUGCUACCUCCUGCUAUCUUUGUGGUUUUGGUCCUUCCACUAUGGUAGGACACCUGGCCAUCAUUGUGGCUUGUCAUGUCAGCCCCAUUGACUACCUUGUCAUGCUCUGAGGUAUCACUGCCUCUGCAGCAUAAGUUUCUAUUUCCUUCAAUAAAAGGAGAUGAAAAUAUUCUA